AUGACUCAAUUUCUGCCCGAGAAUUUGUUGGCCUUGUUCGCGCCACGACCUCCGUUGGAGUUCAAACCGCCUCCAGAUCCACUGCUCAUCGAUCGACAUCGACCUCAAAUACAGGUAUGAGACUUUGAAUAUUUUUUGGGGCUCUCGUCUCCAUGAAGGAAAUUUAUAAUUUUUGAUGUUUAGGGAUUGUCGCAGUAUGUCGGACUGUUCGAAGACCCGGAUGAUACUCCACCAAAGCGAAAGGUUGAAACCAAAGCUGAGAUAAAAGAGCGGCGACGAAAGGAGAAGCAAGAGUUGUUGGCCUAUAAGAUUGAACAAGGAAUUGCUACAUGUAAGUUUUUCCUUACUUUGUUUUAGUCUUUUAGGUGUAGAAUGAAGACAAUUUUGCCUUCUUUCUGUUGGAGAAGGCUUAUUUGUUGUAAAUUUGACAAAUCCCGAAUAUUAUACUUGAUGCCAGAUGCCCUUUUUUGUUUUUCCAAGAUCUCAUUUCUCGCUGUACCUAAAUUGACAUUUUCUUAUUCAGGGGCACCAGCAGAGAAUCCGGAUGCUACAGAGGACCCCUACAAGACAUUAUUUGUUGCCAGAAUCUCGUACGAAACGUCGGAGUCAAAAUUGAAACGGGAAUUUGAGAGAUUUGGACCGAUAAAAAAUAUCGUCUUGGUACACAACAAAGAGGGCAAACCUCGAGGUUAUGCGUUUAUCGAAUAUGAGCACAAAAACGAUAUGUCUGGUAAGGGAGUUUUCUUUUCUUGUUUUUCCGGGUUUAGAUAAGAGACGACGCGAUAUUGAACUAGGCAUUAGUUGAUGGAUGCGCUCGGGGAGAAUCGUCCUGUAGACAAGCUAGGCCAAUAUUAUUGCUGUUUCUGAGGUUUAUUAGUUAGUUUGGAGCCCAUUCUUAUUCACGGGGAAAUUUUAGACAUUUCUUCCCUUAUUUUUUUGGGAGACCAUCAAUUUUUGCGCAGCUCUCAUUCUGGCCUCUAUGUGAAUAUAGUUUUCUGUCCACACGCCCUCUGAAUUGUUAGUUUACUACAUUUCCGGUUAUUUUUAGCCGAGUAUUUGGCUGAAUGACACCUCCAAGUCUGCCAUAGGUUUGUUUCCAGCAAUUCCAAGGUAAAAUAAUUCGAGUUCUUUUAGCAUAGGUGAGAAAUAUUGGUUUCGAUCAAAAAUAAGUGCAGUUUUGGGCAAAAAUAAAGUAGGUUGAGCUAAGAUGGCGGCUAUUUUGAGGGUAAGUUUCCAGCCGUUCAGGUAAGGGGACAAACCAGCUGCAAAAUUCGGAAUUCCGGUAAUCUUGUAAGUUUCGCCCGGUAAGAUUACUUUUAAAUUUUUUGAUGAAACAAGCGUUCAUCCGACAGCGAUGUCACAAACAGUCUGUGGAAGGUAAUAUUAGAGUCUUGGUUGAGUUUGAACCUAAAAUACGGUAAAAUUUUUGGUCUGCUUCACCUAAAAUAACAUAAUUUUUGUCCGUACCGGAAGUCUCGUUUCGAACGCAAGGUUGGUUGAUUGCCGACGCGAAGGUAGAGUUUGAUGCAAUUCUCGUAACUUUUCAGCGGCUUACAAAAAAGCGGAUGGGAUGAAGGUGGACGGCCGGAGAAUCGUGGUCGACUACGAGCGCGGCCGCACCCAAAAGACCUGGUUGCCGAGACGAUUGGGCGGCGGUAAAGGGGAUACGAGAAGGACCAGGGAGAAGCGGAUUGGCGGCGGGUUUGAGGACAGGAUCCGGUUCGAUGAUCGUCGCGGCUCCAGGGAUCGCGAUAAUGGUUAUAGAUCGGGAUCAAGACAUCGGUCCAGGUCGAGGGAUAAGGAUCGUCAUGGAAGUGAUAGAGAUCGUCGAGGAGACCGUGGAGAUCGUCACAGUCGGUAGGGUGAAGUUUGAAAGUGAUAUUUUGUAUAAUUUUUGUCUUGAUUUAAAAAGAAAGUGCUUCUAUGGGGUAUGGAGUUACAGGUCGAGACAUACAUCAAAAAAAUUGCAAACUUUUUUUGAUUCUGAAUAUGUAAAAGUUAGCUGCCUAAUUUUGGUUUGUAAGGGUGAAAAAAUCUUUAGAACUUUUCUCGCAACACCAUGCAAAUGCCCAUUCUUUAUAUUGGAACUUCUAAUUAAGGUGUAGUAUUAAUCGAAUUUGAUAUUGUAGGGCUUGUCAAGAUACCAGGGUUUACGCAAAUGCCUUUUUGACCAAGUUUUUGCAAAAUCAGAAGCUUUGUUUCGAGCUGCAGUAAACCCUGAUAUCUUGACAAGCCUUACAAUAUCAAAUUUCAUUAAUACUACACCUUAAUUAGUAGUUCUAAUAUAAAAAAGGGGCAUUUACAUGGUGUUCCGUGAAAAGUUAUGGGCGUUUUUUCACCCUUACAGACCAAAAUUAGGCAGCUAACUUUUACAUAUCCUGAAUCAAAAAAAAAUUGCGAUUUUUUGAUGUAUGUCUCGACCUGUAACUCCAUUCCCCAAGAAGUACUUUCCUUGUUAGUCAGAAAGCUCUUGUAAUGGAUGUUUUGAACAAAAUUUUACCAUUUUUCAGCGACCGUCGCUAUUAA